UAUUAUUUGAGUAUUUGCAAGCGAUUUAGUAUUUGAGUAUUUGCAAAUAAUAGUAUCAUCAUUCAGAUUAAUCAAGGAUGGGAUCAUGCUUUUCCUCCCAAAGUCAGCCCAUUAAUAAACCCAUCAUUGUUAAGCAGAGCUUCGAUCGGCGGACAGAGUCGAGCUUCUGUGCGGCGCAUUGCGGCCUUGGCGCCGUGCCUUAUGGUAAUAAGGUUUUCCAAAAUAAUGACGGCGAUGCCACCGACCACAACACCGAUUUUGAUUGCUACUGUAGUGCAACUACUACGGCAAUCACCCUGCUUAAACAGGGUGAAGAUCUUACAAUUGCACAAAUUGCGGAAUCGGGAGCUGUACUAGCCACGAGAGACAAUAAUAAUGCAUUAAUUCCCGUGCGCCUGACUCUCAAUCGCAGACGUAGUCGUAGAUUAUCUGAGCCCGAGCCACGCAAUCGCAAUGAUGAUCAAUACAUCGUAUCCAUGCCUUUUAUCACCCGGAGACGCAUCACGGAUCGAGACGAGUUUGUAGUCUUAGCAUCAGGCGGGGUUUUGGACGUGCUCUCGAAAGAGGAUGUGGUAACUAUCGUGGCCAAUUGCCCUAGACGCUCGGAUGCAGCUCAAGCAUUAGUGAAUGCAACAAUUAGAGCAUGGAUCUAUAAGUAUUCAACUUCAGAGGUUGAUGAUUGUGCAGUGGCAUGUCUCUUUCUCAACCCAACCACCGAUUCAAUUCAAGCUUCCUCAUAAUUGUUGCUGU